CGUGAAACCGCGUGAGAAAGUUGCCAUUGAAGGGGGAACUGCAACCGGACGGUGGACUAUUCCUCCGGCCGCCGCCACCACCACUGCCUCUUUGGAAGUAGUUAUCCAAACUGACAUCAUAUUUCCUCUUUUUUUGCCUUCACUUCACUGCAAUGUUUUCACCAUAAGUCACGGAGAGGUAAAUAUAUCAAAAUUAACAAUUUGCCGGACGGCUGGAUUGAGUCAAGUGAUUCUUCUUCAGAGCAAUUAACUCGGCGAGGAUUUUGUAAUUUACGGAUACUUUUUCCUUCUUGACUCGGAAUAUAUCGGAGCAAAAAACGACGACAACAAAGCGCGGUGACUACCCAUCCCUUUUCAUUGCUCACCUGGUUCUUUUACCGCCUGGAGCUUAAUGAGCCGCUCCCCCGUGCUUCUCUGCCUGAUUUACGGCCCCCUCUGCCCGCGGGAGUUUUAGGGGCUCGAAACGGCCGCAGGAGGAGCGCGUUUAACGGCUUGUUUGGCUCCCAAGUGCCGGUCGUCGUGUGGAAAGGACCGACGGAUGGCUUGGUGAACCGGAGCAGCACAUCGGCAGCACCAAUCUCACCCCCACCUCCCUCCGGUUUGGUGCUUCUCAAGGGAAGCAUCGUGACGGAAGCGGGAAGACCCCCCGCCCCACUCCUCGUCCGGAGAUAACGAUGUUCCCCCAGGGGCGACACCCGACGCCCCAUCAGGCUCCGGGUCAGCCCUUUAAGUUCACCAUCCCAGAAUCCCUGGACCGCAUCAAGGAGGAGUUUCAGUUCCUGCAGGCCCAGUACCACAGUCUCAAGCUGGAGUGUGAGAAGUUGGCUGGUGAAAAGACGGAGAUGCAGAGACACUAUGUCAUGUACUACGAGAUGUCUUACGGCCUCAACAUCGAAAUGCACAAACAGACCGAGAUCGCCAAGAGACUCAACACAAUCUGCGCACAAGUCAUCCCCUUCCUCUCGCAGGAGCAUCAGCAGCAGGUGGUCCAAGCGGUGGAGCGGGCCAAACAGGUGACCAUGGCCGAGCUCAAUGCUGUCAUCGGGGUACGGGGACUGCCCGGCCUCCCACCGACGCAUCUAUCCCACAACCACGGCGGCACCCCCGUGCCCCUGACACCUCACCCUGCUGGCCUGCACCCGUCUCAGCUGGGCGGUUCGGCCAGCCUGCUGGCACUCUCGGGAGCGCUCGGUGCCAUGCCGCCACAUCUCGCCGGGAAAGACGGUUCUGAUAAAAAGCCACACCUUUCCGGGCCUGACUCGCACCCCGGAGGACCGGAGAACUCGAGAGAUCGGGAACCUGGCACAAGUAACUCGCUGCUGCCCGAAAGCCUCCGCAACUCAGAUAAGCGACGGAACGGACCCGACUUUUCAAACGACAGCAAGAAGCGCAAAUUGGAGGACAAGGACUCAAGCCACUAUGAUAGCGACGGGGAGAAAAGCGAUGACAAUUUAGUGGUGGAUGUCUCAAAUGAGGAGCAGCCCUCGCCUCGCGGAACGCCCCUCCCCUCCCCAAGGGAGAACGGCUUGGAUAAAGCGCGCCUGCUCAAGAAGGACCCCUGCAGUCCCGCUUCGACCGCAUCGUCGGCUAGCUCCUCCUCCCUCAAAUCCAAAGAGAUGGCAAUGCGAGACAAAGCAGGCACCCCCGGGCUCAAGUCAAGCACGCCCACGCCGCGGGGGGAUUCCACCCCAGGGCCGAGCUCCACACCUGGUGUGCGGCCCAGUCUGUCAAAACCCCCCUCCAUGGAGAUCCCCCAUCCACCUACUGCAGGUCUCAGGACUCCUCUGGCGGUGCCCGGCCCAUACCCGGGGGCAUUCAGCAUGUUGCCUCACGCGGCGGGGAUGAACGGCGAGCUGGCCGGGGCAGCCAGCGCCGCCGCCUACGCUGCCGGACUGCACAAUAUUUCGCCUCAGAUGAGUGCCGCCGCCGCCGCCGCGGCAGUGGCAGCUUAUGGCCGCUCGUCGAUGGUCGGCUUUGAUCCGCACCCUCACAUGCGGGUUCCCGGAAUGCCUCCCAGUCUGACCGGAAUCCCUGGUGGCAAGCCUGCCUAUUCUUUCCACGUCGCGGCCGAUGGUCAGAUGCAGCCAGUUCCGUUCCCUCCCGACGCCCUGGUGGGCCCAGGUAUCCCCCGCCACGCCCGCCAAAUCAACACGCUCAACCACGGCGAGGUGGUCUGCGCCGUCACAAUCAGUAACCCCACGCGGCACGUCUACACGGGCGGGAAGGGCUGCGUCAAGGUGUGGGACAUCAGUCACCCCGGCAACAAGAGCCCGGUGUCACAGCUUGACUGUUUGAACCGGGACAACUACAUCCGCUCCUGCCGCCUCCUUCCCGACGGCCGCACGCUGAUUGUGGGCGGCGAGGCCAGCACGCUGUCCAUCUGGGACUUGGCCACGCCCACCCCCAGGAUCAAGGCUGAGCUCACGUCGUCGGCGCCGGCGUGCUACGCUCUGGCCAUCAGCCCGGAUUCCAAGGUGUGCUUCUCGUGCUGCAGCGACGGCAACAUCGCUGUGUGGGACUUGCACAAUCAGACACUGGUUAGGCAGUUCCAGGGCCACACAGAUGGAGCCAGCUGUAUUGACAUUUCCAACGAUGGCACCAAGCUGUGGACCGGAGGCCUGGAUAACACCGUCCGCUCGUGGGAUCUGCGAGAGGGACGUCAACUGCAGCAGCACGACUUCACGUCGCAGAUCUUCUCUCUUGGCUACUGUCCCACCGGAGAGUGGCUGGCCGUGGGCAUGGAGAGCAGCAAUGUGGAGGUUCUCCACGUGACCAAGCCGGACAAAUACCAGCUGCAUCUCCAUGAGAGCUGCGUGCUCUCCCUGCAGUUUGCCUAUUGCGGUAAAUGGUUCGUGAGCACCGGGAAAGACAACUUGCUAAACGCUUGGAGAACUCCCUACGGCGCCAGCAUAUUCCAGUCUAAAGAAUCAUCCUCGGUGCUCAGCUGUGACAUAUCUGUGGACGACAAGUACAUCGUCACUGGUUCCGGGGACAAGAAGGCCACUGUCUAUGAGGUCAUCUACUAACUCAGCGAUGAAAGGCUCGUCUGUACCGUCCGUUUUUAGAGCUUGAAAUCGCGCGCACACCCCCCCUUUCUUUGUCGCAACUUGGAAAAAGAGUACAAGACAGGCAGAAGCAUUUCCUUGCCCUCUUUUCGCUGGAUCAUUAAAUGGGCAACGGGAACCACAGAUUUUUUUAUUAAAACGGAGUAAACACUGAAGCCAACAAGCAUUGCUGGAAAAUGCCGACCGAUGACGAAAAAGGUGGACGUGAGCCAAGAAGAAUCUUGCAGGCGGAGAGUGCUCAGAGCCUGUUGGCUCUUCUGCCCUCUGAACCUCAGCUCCCCGCUCGGGAACGCCCACGCUAUCUCACCGUGACCUCUGCUGUCCUUACGGCGAGUCCACCUACACACACACACACACACACACACACACACACACACACACACACACACACUGCAUUGACACAAGCAGAUCCAUUCCUGCCAUCGAUUGUCCUGAGGCACAUGCAACAUUUUACCAUUUAAUAGCAGGGCAGGGGACCUUAUUCCACUUUCUAUCGAGCCUUGAAAAAGUAUAAUGGAACAAAUAUAUAUAUGAUGAGCAUUUGUGAGGAAAAAUAUUUUAAGUUUCGCAACAUCUCACAGUCGAGAGGUUCUCCGUUCACAUCUCGGCUCAGACUCCGGUUGAGUUUCUCCAGGUGCUUCUUGCAACAUUCCUAACAGAUGCUUUUUAUUCCAAAUGUAAAUUGUCCACCGGUGGGAAUGAGAGUUGUUUCCGUCACCUCUCACCCUCAGUCAACUAAAAUAAGCUCUAGGUCGCCCGUGACACAAAUGACGACAAAUUCUAUUAAAACAAAAACAAA